AUGGAAAAGUGGCGAUGUAGAGGAAAAAACACAGGAGCUAAAGUAAAAGUAACGGAAGAAAAUGCAGCACCGCAAAAACCGUCCACCGAAUCGCAACCGGAAAAGAAAAAAGAAAAAAAAUGGACAUUCGCUGGGUUACUCAAACGUAAAUCAAAACAAACAGCCUCGUCGGAGCAAUCAAACUCAUUGUUGUCUUUAACGCCGAACCCAACUAUUUAUUACAGUGAGCAAGUUAAGAAUGUUCAGACAAACCCCCCGUCCAAAGCAGAUAGAGAUAAAUCUCAUAAUAAUUACAACAAACAAACUACUGGUAACGCUACUAAGAAACAGGAAUCAACAGAUUCAAUGAAUUUAUCAAAUGCUUCAACAUCAGCGGUAGCACCACCAGCAACAAUACAGUCACGUAACAGUGAAAGUUCAGAUACCGGGAGUAAAUACAGCCGUAGAAAUCGUCUUAAGGCACGCAUACAAGCCAAACGUGAUCGUUAUUACGGUGACAGUAGUACCGAUGAUGAACACAGCCAUUAUAAAUCUAGUAAUAAUAGUAACAGCAAUUGUUACAUCAAUACAAACUCAAUUGUUAAUGGAAAUGCAAAUAUCACCGCAACCGCUGCUGCUACUGCUACUAAUCCUAAUAAUUCAUUAAUGAGAAUCCAAAGUGAAGAUAGUAUUUAUCAUCAUCAUCAUCAUCAUCAUCAUCAUCAUCAGCAGCAUCAUAACAAUAAUAAUUAUCAUCGUAGAUUAAUUGAAGCUAAUAAAAAAACACGUGGAGCUCGUACUGUAAGAUAUAUGAAGCGAUUUUAUCGUGACGAUACCAUUGAUGAUAAUGAUGGUAAUAUUGAUGUAAGAAUUCAUCCAAUUUAUCAUCAUGUAUCACCUGUAUUACCUGUAAGUCAUAGUAAUAAUUAUAAUUAUAAUUAUAAUAAUAGUAAUAAUGGAAUUGUUAAAAAAAAGGCUGAUACACUACCGUCAACAAAUAAUUUAUGGACAACAACGAAUAAUAAUAAUUUAUUAUUAAAACCGCCAUACUAUCAAGCAUUUUGUAGUGAACAGAAUCUCUUACACGUGUAUCCAAAUAAUUAUAACGAUAACAUUAAGUAUCAAAGUGACAAUUUACACGGUUUAAAUGACAAUGAAGUAUUUAACAACGAGUACGCUUGGCCACAACCACAUGAAGCUAAACUAACAACGGCAACGAGUAACUAUAAUAAAUCACGUGGGAUUAAUUGUCAUGUAGACAACAAAAGUCCUCCACCGCCAGCACCUGCAUCAUCGUCAGUAUCACCGGCAUCUGCAUCUGUAUUAGCACCACAACCGCCACCGCGAUCGACUUCUGUGUCCCGUUUACACCCAGUUGCUAGUGCUAGACACUCUCACCACUUGGAUUUAGAUAUUUUUACUGAAACUAAUUCUUGCAGUGGCUGUAGUAAUAAUCAUCAUAAUCAUAAUCAUAGUUGUAGUCAGCAAUUGCUACCCUGUGGGAGUAAUGUUAACUAUAAUUCGCUGGAUCGUAUUUAUGCGACACCCAAACGCAGACAUCGCUGCUGCAAUCGCCGGGUUGUGAGGCACCCGAUAAGCGAGCCUUUUUUGUUGUACAAAAAUAAUAAUAGUAGUAGCAUUAAUAAUAAUAAUAAUAAUAAUAAUAAUAAUACUUUUAGCAAGAAGAGUCACGAAGUCGAGGACAAAAUGCCCGAGGAUCCGAUAGUGCCUAAAAUAAAGAAGAAAAUCGUGCCGAAAAUGAAAGGGUAUAAAAGUAUUUACGAGCAGCCGUUGGAAAAACGAAGACACUCGAAAAAUUUAGAAGAAGCGCUAAUUGAAUUAGAGACCAUUUACAAUAGUUUACAUUUAAAUGAAGACGAGGAUCUGCUGGAUCGUGCGGAGCAGCGCAGUAUGGAAGAAUAUAGGGAUAAAAUUGCCAUUACGGCGGCAGCUAAAGCAGGUAUAGGUGGAUCAAUAAAAAGUUCAUUGGACACGUCGUCGUCGUCUUCGCCGUCCCCGUCUCCGUCCGCAGCGUCGUCCUACGAGUUAAAUUUAUGGCGUAAUGUGAAUUUCGAUCGUCACGACAACUACAGUAAUAAUCAUAAUCAUAAUAACAGUCAUAGUCAUAAUAAUAAUAAUAAUAAUAAUAAUAAUAAUAAUAAUAAUAAUAAUAACGAUGAUGAACCGAGACUUAAAGACGAUAUGGCUUAUAGACGAAUGCAUCAACCGGAACGCUCGGCUUCGGUGGAUCCCAGUCAAAGUUCAUUGUCAAGAGUCAGUUAUUUGGCUGCCUCACCAAGCUUACUCUCAUAUAAGGAUCGUGAAUAUCAAAUUGAUAAUAAUUAUUUGCUAGGUAACUAUGUUAAUGUUAGUUGUAAUAAUGAAAAACCAAAGAACCAACGACGUGGUACACCGGAUUUAACGCUUGAUGACGUUGUUUAUCGGAAUAUAACCCAUGCAAAUAACACUUUGAGAGUUAUUGAACCACAGCCACCAUUUGGUAUACCACUUGGACCAGUUACAGCAGCUGCUGAAAGUGAUUAUUUGCAUGUUGAGCCGAAAAUUAAACACACUCGCUCAUCACUAUAUAUACCAAAAAAUGAACCGGAUAUUGUUACUGAUGAUUUAGCGUUUCGUAAUCUGCGUAAAGAUACCAACGGUAAAAAUAAAUUUGCUAAUUCUAUGAACAACAUAAGCUUUGUGCCGACCAGAGAGUCUAUGAGUAGAAGUAUUCUUGCUGGUAACUGUGACUUAAAGAAGAAACGAGCUGUACGGUCACUUUCUGCGGAUUUGUAUGGAAUUAUUGACAAAAGCAAUGAUGAUCAUGAUGCCUGGUACAAGGAAUUUACUAAGGUUAAUUCUUCGAAAUUGUUCCCACAAGAUGGGGCUUUGAUUAGUUCCAACAGUGUUGGAGAUAUAUCAAUUGGAAAUUAUAAUAAUAAUAAUAAUAAUAAUAAUAAUAAUGAUGAUGAUCAUUUUUAUGGUAAGGAUAAAAAUUCGGACUUGGACAUAAAUGGAAAUCGGCCUAAGAGUUUGUAUCAGGCUAAAAUUCAAGUCUGUGUGCCCCACGAAGAAGACGGUAAAGUUUUAAGAAGGAAAUCAUGUGAGAGAGAAUUUAUGGAAAUGGAAAAUUGUCAAACGUUUGAUAAAAAAUCUAGGACUUUGUCAUCUCCGUACUAUGGUGGUGGAAGUUUUGACGUAGAUGUUGAUGAGGGGGAUGGUGGUGGUGGUGGUGAGGUUGUUGAUACAAAUGAAAAAGUAAUUGAACCGUCGAGUGAUCAAGAAUUAUCAGAGUACAAGCAACUUUGUCGUAAUUUAGAGAGUCUUAUCAAAAAAACAUCGGAGAAGGUUAAAAAGAGCGUGGAGGAAGCAAAGAGCAAUGCGAUGCUUUUGGGGUCAAACAGAAAUUCUCUUUCCGAAUUCAUCGAGUGGGAAGAGCUUUUGGGGGAGGAUGAAAGCCUUAAGAUUAACAAAAAGGUGAUUGAAGAUGAAGAAGACGGUAAAGCCAAAGGUGAAGGAAAAGGAAACGAAGUGAAGGAGAAAAUUAGGAUGGAUAAAGAAGAACUAGAAAAAACGAUAAAGGAGAUAAAGGAUGAUACAAAGUCCGAGUAUAAAGAACCCGAUCAACUGUUAAAAUUAAACAUUGACGAUGAAACGGGGACAAAAGUGAUCGAUACAGAAGCUUCUUGUGAGUCGUAUAAUUCAAACAAAGAGUCACUGGAGUCGGUUGUUAAGUUAGUGCCAUCAAACGACGCUCAAGAUAAUAUAAGCCUCGAUGAUUAUGAUAACAGUCAUGUUGAUUAUCAUGCCUGUAAUAAUGAUGUUGAUUGUGAUGAUGAUAAACAACCAAACGCUGAAGAAUUUCAUCUGGAUAAACAAGUGCCUUAUUUAUCAUGUGAUUCUACCAAGCUCAAUGAUGAUAAUAAUUUUGAUAAUGAUUUUAAGAAUCUGAUUAGUUCUGAUAGCCAUACCAAUAUAGAUGAAGGAGUUGACGUUGCUGCAGCUAGUGAUGAUAAAAAAGAGCCCGCAUUGAAACAACCAGAGACGGCGGAUUCUAAUCCCAGUGAGCUGGAGGUUCAUGCUGGCCAAAAAGAUGACACCGAAAAAACUUGCAAAGGUGAGAAUACUGGAAAUUCCGGCAUUUUAGCCGAGGCAUUUAUCCAACCAAUAAUUAAUGUUUGCUUUUAUACUAACUGCUUCUCGACGUACUCUAUUGCCUUGUGGUCUCUGUGUCUAACACUGUUAAUAGCAAUAAUAGCUGCACUGUGA